UGAAGGAGUCUUCAAAUGCCCCGAAGACCAACUUCCCCUGGACUAUGCCAAGAUCUACCCGGACCCAGAGCUGGAAGUCCAGGUGUUGGGCCUGCCUAUCCGCUGCAUCCAUAGCGAGGAGGGCUGCCGCUGGAGUGGGCCACUUCGUCAUCUGCAGGGCCACCUGAAUACCUGCAGCUUCAACGUGGUCCCCUGCCCCAAUCGCUGCCCUGCCAAGCUGAGUCGCCGGGAUCUGCCAGCACACUUGCAGCACGACUGCCCCAAGCGGCGCCUCAAGUGCGAAUUUUGUGGCUGUGAUUUCAGCGGGGAGGCCUAUGAGAGCCACGAGGGCAUGUGCCCCCAAGAGAGUGUGUACUGUGAGAACAAGUGUGGUGCCCGCAUGAUGCGGCGGCUGCUGGCCCAGCAUGCCACCUCCGAGUGCCCGAAGCGCACCCAGCCCUGUACCUACUGCACCAAGGAGUUUGUCUUUGACACCAUCCAGAGCCACCAGUACCAGUGCCCAAGGCUGCCUGUGCCCUGUCCCAACCAGUGUGGCGUGGGCACCGUGGCUCGAGAGGACCUGCAAGGCCACCUCAAGGACAGCUGUAGCACUGCCCUGGUGCUGUGCCCUUUCAAAGACUCCGGCUGCAAGCACAGGUGCCCUAAGCUGGCAAUGGCACGGCAUGUGGAGGAGAGUGUGAAGCCACAUCUGGCCAUGAUGUGUGCCCUGGUGAGUCGGCAGAGGCAGGAGCUGCAGGAGCUGCGGCGAGAGCUGGAGGAGCUGUCAGUGGGCAGUGACGGUGUCCUCAUCUGGAAGAUUGGCAGCUAUGGGCGGCGACUCCAGGAGGCCAAGGCCAAGCCCAACCUCGAGUGCUUCAGCCCAGCCUUCUACACACACAAGUAUGGCUACAAGCUGCAGGUGUCUGCCUUCCUCAACGGCAAUGGCAGUGGCGAAGGCACACACCUCUCGCUCUACAUCCGCGUGCUACCAGGAGCCUUUGACAAUCUCCUCGAAUGGCCCUUUGCCCGCCGGGUCACCUUCUCCCUGCUGGAUCAGAGUGACCCUGGGCUAGCUAAGCCACAGCAUGUCACUGAGACUUUUCACCCUGACCCAAACUGGAAGAAUUUUCAAAAGCCUGGCACUUGGCGGGGCUCCCUGGAUGAAAGUUCUCUGGGAUUUGGUUACCCCAAGUUCAUCUCCCACCAGGACAUCCGAAAGAGAAACUAUGUGCGGGAUGACGCCGUCUUCAUCCGUGCCUCUGUCGAGCUGCCCCGCAAGAUCCUCAGCUGAGCGAGCUGAGUGCAGGCCUGGCUCCAGGGGAGAUGAGGCGCCCCAUGGCCUCAGGCACUGGCUGGACCUGGAGAGGGGGCCGGACCCCCUUUCUGCUGCCCAGUUUCUGUUAUCCUGUUCUCUCUCCCCUGCCAACUCCACCCUCAGGUGCCUCUGAUUGGUGCUUCAGCUCUGGCCCCUCGGGGGAGCAGGUCUCAGGGUCCUCAAGGGCUGGAAACGAUCGAUCCCAGGGCCUGUCUCCACUCCUGGGCAGGGCAGACAUGCCUUGGUACCAGCCAUCCUCAACUGGACUGAGGUGCCUGCUCAGGUGCUAAGUCCCAAGAGCCAUAGGGGGGAGGGAGUUGGGAAAAGGAGGGGUAGUUAAAAGAAUCUGUCUUGAGAUCUCACUUUUCUUCCCCUUUUCCCAGCUGUGCUCCCUCUGGUUAUUUAUUUCCUUAGUGCCAGGAGGGCACAGCAGGGGAGCCCUGAUUUUUAAUAAAUCCUGUAUUGUAUUUAUUAACCUG